AGUGAGGCUGUUUCUAACCUAAACUCACAAAUGAGAAGGGGAGCCUAUCCUGGCAAGCAGGCAGGGAGCUGCCAGGGGAGAAGACAAACCGAGAGAAGAGCAGCCACAAGAACUCAAAGCACGGCGUGCGGUCCUCUAGGGCAGCUGUGUACUCUGGGUCUUUACAUUAUCACUGCAUGCUGUGUUCCACAGCAAUGGAUGCUAGUAAUAACGGGCUUCUGUUAUCAAAACCAAAUAUCAAACCAAACAAACCAAAACUCAAGCCAAAACCAAAACAACCACACACAGUGUAAUCUGCUCAAGGAAACUAAAACUCUAAAAAGCAUAUAUUACAUCUAAGACUGAAAUUCACGUUUCGUUUGUUUGUUUUUAAGUUGGUGCUUUAAAGGUGGACCCUUGACUUCACAGAAAACUAGCUGGACCAACCCAGAACCUGAGGUCUGGUAAUCUCACCCACCUCCAGACCUUCAAUUAUCACUCCCACAUCCUGUCCCGAAUCCUAGGAACUCUCAAAUUCCAACUCCACAUUCCCAGUUCUGUUAGGCAUAACACUGGCCCCACAAACCCAACUGUGUAAAUAAAUUUGUCCUUACUACUUCUCCCAUCCCUGUUCCCAAAUGGCACGUGUGUUCAACCAAAUUCAAAACUUUAGCGCUAUCUUCUGCUUCCUCCCUUAUUGGAGACACCCAGUUAGGACACGAAAGGACUUGGCAUCUCAAACAUCUUCCCAACCUGCCCCUGAUUUCCAUCCUGAUUCCAUUAUCUAACUUAGGUCCUCAGCUCCACCUCUAAACCACCCUUCCAAAAAUUCAAAGUUUUAAUCAUUUCCUUGAGUAAAAAUCUUGUCAAGUUCCUCAUGCCCAGAUUACUCAGCCUGGCUCCCACGGCUGACCAGGGCUCCAAUGUGGGGAGCAUAAGACAGUUCCCUUGGUGUGCAGGAUGUCAAUGUCAAGGCUGUGUCUUUAUUUUUAUCUAUCAGGUGAAGAAUUAAACUCUACCAAGAAACUGACUGACCUGGUGCUCUCAACUAGGGUCCUUAAGUGAAUCAGUCCUAUGUGACACACAAGAUGAACACAACACAGGGAGAGGGAAGAGGGGAUUGCUUUCAGUGUGAUGAAGUGAUGUUAUUGUUUGUAUAUUAUAAGGUUUCAUCAACUUAGUUAAUAUUUAUAAAAACAUAACUUGUAAGUGGUGAUAUCUUUACAGUGAGAUGAGAAGAAUCUUUGGUAUUGCAGGUUAGCUCAUGAUCUCUUUGUAAACAAGCUGUUUCCAAACUCCAUAUCUUUUUCCACGUUGAGGAGUGGUUGUCAACAGCACACUGUUUAGCAACGGGGCUUUGAAAAUGGAUAUAUAGUAACACUUCCUUCACUUGUAAGUUUGCUUUUUUUAAUCUGUUAUGGUUUUUAAAUUUCUGUUUUUUGUGUCAUACAUAUUAGUACCUUAGUACAUACGGAGAGACAUAAAUACACUGAGGUUGAAGUCUCCCUAGGCCAAUGUACCAUCUGGCUCAAGCUCAUCUUUCUGACUUAUACACUUAUAUACUUCAACAACUCCACCUGUAUGUCCAAUAGGCAUUUUAAACUCAACAUAUCCAAAUCUGAGCUCCUGAUACCCACCCCACUACAAUCACUCUCUUCUAGCAGUAUUUCCCACCUCAGCAAAUCUCAACUCCAAACCCCAAAGCCUUGGUUUUCUCCAUGUUCCUCUUUCUCUCUAUACACCUCAUGAAAUCGUUAUCAGCAAAUCCCACGGUCUUACGUGCAGUUAAUCCCCCUUCCCCCACUACUCAGCAUCAAUCUUCAUCACCUCCACCUGUCCUACAUUUGUUUACUCACUGUUGGCUUAAGUGCCACUUCUCACUCAUCCUGGUUUCACCUGCAGCACCCAGCACAGUUCUGGGCAACACGGAUACUCAAAUGUACUCAUUCAUAUAUUUAUUUUUUCGAAUGAACUGAAUGCACAGGAAACUGAUCUGAAGAACAAAAGCUAAGUAAGAAAUGUGGAACCUCAUUUAAUAAUCACCUCCCUUUUGGGGUGUGGUACUCUAAGAGGCAAUGUGGGCAUCUCCUGGGUUCUAACUUUGGUUGUAUUAGAAUCACUUGGGGAACUUGGUAAAAAACACGGAGGCCCAGAUCCUACCCUCCUUCAAUGAGCCUCGGCCUCUGAUCUUUACCAGCUUUCAGGUGAUUCUGACACACCAGCGUUUGAGAAUCGCUACCCUAGAAGACAGCUAAAAAUAGCUUAGGCUUAAGUAGUCCCAGGCCAAGCCGCGCAGUUAACAACACCCGGGGGCAGGCCCAGUCCGCCCACCGCAAGAAGGAGCCUUCAAAAGGUCCUUAAGAGGAAGCAGAGUCUUCAGGUUCUUAGAGCAAAGGCUUGAUGAUCCAAAAAAGUCACUCACAGUGGUCAGGAGAGCUGAAUUUUAAUCCUCUGGCCAAAACACUGUGUAACCUUGGACCAGUGCUCUGCCCUCGGUAUCUCUGCCUGUCUGCACUAUGGAGUUAAAAAUUACACAGUGCUUGUACGGACGCUGCAAGAACGAGGAUGACUGGUUUGGUUUUGUGUGAACCAACAGAGCUUUACAACAUCUUGAAUCAGGUCACAAAACUAUCCAGAUUAACUGAACCCAACUAUCUCUGUUUAUUGGAUGUGCGUUCCAAACGGGAGUAUGAUGAAAGCCAUGUGAUUACAGCCCGUCUCGUGAAGAAGAGGGCAGGUGAAUAUCUUGUCCCGGAGUCUGUGGAUCUGGAGUGUGCGGAAUACUGUGUGGUGUAUGAUAACAGCACCAGCUCCCUGAAGGGAAUCCUAAAAGGUGACAAUGGUGGUGACAACACUGAUGAAGGCGAUCAAGGAAUUGUGCUUGGAGCUGCCGUUGAGUGUGGCAGAACCCUGACUCACUUCACCCGCCACCCCAUCCAUAUCCUGAGAGGAGGCUACGAGAGCUUCUCGGCCAUGUACCACUUCUUCCGGACACAGAAGAUCAUCUGGAUGCCGCAGGAACUGGAUGCCUUCCAACCGUACCCUGUUGAGAUAAUGCCAGGCAGGAUCUACCUGGGAAAUUUCAGGCAAGCCUGCGACCCUAAAGUUCAGAAGGAUUUGAAAAUCAAAGCACAUGUCAACGUCUCCAUGGAGACAGGGCCGUUUUUUGUAGGUGACGCCGACAAGCUUCUGCACAUCCAGAUAGAAGAUUCCCUGGAAGCCAGCAUUACACCCUUUUUACGCCACCUCUGUCACUUCAUUGAAGUUCACCUGGAGCUUGGCUCUGUCAUCCUGGUCUUUUCCACCAUGGGCAUCAGUCGCAGCUGUGCGGCCAUCUUGGCCUACCUUAUGCACCAAAAUGAGCAGACCCUGAAGAGGUCCUGGGCCUACGUCAAGAAGUGUAAAACCAACAUGCGUCCAAAUCGGGCUUUGGUGGCUCAGCUGUCAGAGUGGGAGAAGGUUGUCCUUGGAGACAUCGUCACAGACAUCUUGGAUCCACUCUACUGAUUUUCUCUGUGGCUCAGCUAUGGGUCCAGAAGAACCUGCCUUGAGAGCUUUUUGUGGGUAGUGGGCCAGGGUGUGUAACCAGGAAUGAGAAGGCCUUUGCUGCCUGGAGCCUUGUGUCAGCCUGCCUCAGUGGUUCUUCCCAGGUUCCUCAUUUGUGCCAGCACAGGAGGUGCUCAGACUCAGCGAGAACCCCCAUCCCUGGGGCAUCCUGGACCCACCCCCACUGCACUCCUGAGGCUGCUUCUGGAGGAGCAUCUGGCUGCCAGAGCAGCUGCCACUCAUGUCCCCCAUAACGUGGACCCUUUGGAGGCUGCCUGGUGGGAGCUCCAAGGGUUCCCCCAGCCUUGUGUUGCUCCACAGUCACAAUGCCCAUCCAUGGGUGGAGAUCCCCCAGCCCCAGAGAUGCCAAGCUCAGCCUUGGCUCAGGCUGCAGGCUUCACAGCUUUGAGAGGCUCCUGGCACAAGGGCAUACCCUUGCCUCAUCCCCAGUUUCAGCACUCCCUACUGCUCCAUCACCUGUACAGAUGUCCUUUCCUUGCUCCUCACUCAUUUUUGCCUGGCUGUGUUCACCAAGAAGAGAUUCUCACCCUCCCAUCCCUCACAACCAGGUUUCUAGAAAUUCCUCCGGUCUCAAAAGGAAUUUUCCUGUGACUGUGCUUCUGAGUGCUGGCAGCGCCCACAGAACGAGCCUGGAGUCAGGAGACAAGGGGACUGAUGGAGAAUUUAACAUGUCGGUCCACGUUCAUCCAGCAAACAUUCCCUGACACCUGGGCAGGGCUGAGGACAUACAGGUGAACGCCAUGUUGCCUCCUAGGACUCUUUGCAGAGGGUUAGAGUAGCACUCCCCCGUGCCCCAACAGGAGCCCACGCCCUCAAAGAGUGGGGUUUUGCCAGAGGGGUAAGGGCUUUUCAGGCAGUGCAGGCUUUAGUCGGGACUUGAACUGGAACAGAGCCUGGGGUGGCUGCAGAGCGAUGGCUUAGGGACCUCCUGGCAGGAAGGGCAGAGCCAUUGGAAAGUUUUCAGCAGGGACAUGGUGGGGAUUCGCUUUGUGUUUUAGUCAGGGCAGUCUGGUGGCUGUGGGAAGGGACACUAGCGGUGAACUUGGAGACAGGGAGACAGUAAAGGGGCCCUUGUAAAAAUCCAAGCGAGAUAAGAGGCUCGGAAUUCCCUCCCUGCCAAAGAGCAGCUUCCCAAGGGAGAAAGUGAGGCAGGUGGCACCUCCCUGGGCCUUGGUUUAUUCCCUGCCUGACAGGCAAGGACACUGCUGGCUGCACCACACAGUUGGCGCCACCGGGAGUGCCCCGGUUGGGGGCUGCCAUCGCCCUCCAAGCUGGGAUCAGCCGGGCGAGCGGCCCUCGGAGCACGUGGUCC